AUGAACUCGACAGGGCCUGAUUUUACCAUCCAGGGUUUGACGGAUAUCCCAGAACUACAACUUCCAAUAUUUUUAAUAUUUCUAAUUGCCUACUUCAUCAUUAUUUGGGGGAAUAUGACUUUAUUCAUAGCCGUCCUAAGUGACGCGAAUAUUCACACUCCAAUGUACAUUUUUUUAAUGAAACUUUCUUUCAUUGACAUAAUGAGCACAUCCAACGUUUUACCUGAACUAUUGUAUAUCCUGCUUACUAAACGGAAGACAAUCUCAUUUGCAGGAUGUAUAUCACAAAUGUAUGUCUUUACCUUCCUGACGUGCACCGAAUAUGUUUUGCUUGCGGUCAUGGCGUAUGACCGUUACGUAGCGAUUUGUCACCCCCUUCGUUACUGUAUCCUGAUGAGUUUAAGGCACUGUGCCCUGCUUAUAAUGUGUGCGUGGACCAUUGGGCUAACCGACCCUAUGCCACACGCUGUCCUCAUAUCUAAGAUGUCCUUCUGUGCUUCUCAUCUUAUUGACCACUUUUUCUGUGAUGUCUCUCCAGUUUUGAAGCUCUCCUGUAGUGAUAUGACUGUUGUGGAAAUACUAACGUAUGCUGGGGGUGUUUUCGUCGUGAUCCCAGCUUUCAUGCUCACCUUAAUCUCCUAUGUAUUCAUUAUUUCCACCAUUCUGAAAAUAAAGUCGUCAGAAGGUCGACGGAAAGCUUUUUCCACUUGCGCUUCUCAUUUGACCUCUGUUACUAUCUUUUAUUGGACUAUCUUGUGUUUAUAUCUGAGACCCACUUCAUCCUAUUCUCCAAAACAGGACAAGUUCUUUGCUAUUAUUUACGCCGUCUUGGUUCCUUUGCUAAAUCCUAUUAUUUAUAGUCUUAAAAACCAGGAAGUUCAAGCUGCUUUAUUGAAACUUAAGAACAAAAUAGCAUUUUGUUCUAAAGGGCCGGACUGGGAAUGA